AACCAUCUCAUUACAGAAAUUAAACCACCAUUUAUAUUUUGAUAAACUAAGCUAUGAUUUGGUUUUACUUUAUUAUUCUUCUCUUGCUACGCCCAAACGCUAUAAGUGUUGCCGCUUCUCUUGGCAACCAGUUGGUAGCAGUUGCAGAAGGUGGCGGAGAUGCUGUCAUCAAGUGCUUCCAUAAGGAGAAACAAGCUCUUCUUCAUUUCAAAGCUUCCCUGCAAGACCCCCUUGGCCAACUCUCUACAUGGAGACUCGAAGACGAUGAUUGCUGUAAAUGGAGUGGAGUCACCUGCAACAACCAGACACGUCAUGUAACAAAGAUCGACCUGUCAUCCAAUCCUUUAACAGGUCUUCGAGGUCUUGGAGGUGAGGUCAGCCCUUCAUUGCUUAACUUAAGCUACUUGAAUCAUCUUGACCUUUCCUCCAACUCUUUUCAUGGACCUAUUCUUAAUUUCAUUGGUUCCAUGACUYGAUUAUCGUACCUUAAUCUUUUUUACAAYUCUUUUCAUGGAACCAUUCCCAACUCCAUUGGUUCCAUGACUCGGUUAUCGUACCUUGACCUUUCUCUCAAUUCUUUUAAUGGAACCAUUCCCACGUCCAUCGGUUCCUUGACCAAAUUAAGGUACCUUGGCCUUUCAGACAACUCACUUCAUGGAACUAUUCCUCCAGAACUUGGGAAACUCACAAACUUGCAAUAUCUUUCACUUGAACAACUUGCAAGAUGUAGCGUUGAAAACCUAGAUUGGUUGUCUAAUCUUUCUCGUUUGGAAUACCUUCAUAUGGAUGAGAUUUCCCUAGCCAAAGCAAAUCACUGGGUAGAUAUCAUUCUAAGUCUCCCGAAACUAACAAGUUUAAGUUUACAGAGAUGUAACCUUUCAGAGGUCGUGUAUCCGUGUUCAUCAUUUGUCAAUGCUUCUUCUUCAUCUAUUGGAUUUCUUGGACUCGGAAGUAACAAUCUCAACUCAUCUAUGUAUCGCUGGUUGUUCCCAUUAACAAGCAAUAAACUUCUCUUUCUUGACCUCUCUAACAACAUGUUAGAUGAGAUACCCAAAUAUCUUGGAAAUCUUUGUARUUUGACAUACUUAAAUCUCUACAAAAAUCCUGUAGUCGUCACAUUUGCUGAUUUUCUAAACAAUUUGUCUGGAUGCACAACGGUUACAUUGCAAGUGUUGGAUGCAUCGUAUAACCAGCUUGCAGGGCCAUUGUCCGAUGAGAUACAAAAGUUUUCAUACCUACAAAAUCUGAUCCUAUCUAAUAAUCACUUAAACGGGACUAUGAGUGGAAAAGUGUGGGAACUACCCAAUCUUCAAGUUCUAGAUGUUUCUUCCAAUUCUCUUGCUAUCUCUCAAAACAUUGAAAAGUCGAAGCUUGGGUAUACAGAUCUUUCAAACAACUCGCUUCAAGUGGUUCCUUCCAAAGAUCAUAUAUUAGUCCAUUCCUACACCGAGCGUAUUUAUUUAAGCGGUUGCAAGGUAGGGCCUCUCUUCCCCAAAUGGCUUCAAACCUACAAAAAACUUACCAUUCUUAAUGUCGCCAAUGCUAGAAUUUCAGACACGAUUCCUGCGGAGUUUUGGAAGACAUGGCCUUCACGAUUGACUAAUCUGAAUCUCUCUUCCAACAACAUCAGUGGGAGAGUACUAGAUUUAUCAUCGAAUUUUGACCUCUAUGCAACAAUAGACUUGAGUUCCAACAACUUCUAUGGGCCAAUACCGAAUGUUCCUCCCACUUUGCUAUCGUUGAAUCUUUCCAAAAACAAAUUCUAUGGUGGAAUAUCCUUCUUAUGCCAAAUUGUUGACGGGUUCUUAUCAUUUCUUGACCUCUCCCACAACUCUUUAACUGGGCAACUUCCUGACUGUUUGUGGCAUUUCAAACAACUGAAAGUUCUCAAUCUAGGACAAAACAGUCUUUCUGGAAGGAUUCCUGCUUCUAUAGGAUAUUUGGUUCAACUUGAGGUGUUGCACUUAUACAACAAUAACUUCUCAGGAGAAUUGCCUUUGGCUUUGAAGAACUGCACAAAUCUAAAUUUUAUGUAUUUGGGAGCCAACAAGUUUUUUGGUAAUGUGCCAGAUUGGAUUGGGGAAAACUUAACACGAUUGUAUGCUCUUAUCCUCAGAUCAAACAACUUCUUCGGACCCAUUCCUUUACAACUAUGUCAUCUUGUGAACCUUCAGAUCCUAGACUUGUCAAGGAACAACCUCAAUGGAACCAUCCCAUCAUGCAUUAAYAAUUUGASUGCCAUUGUUCARGGAAGAUAUUUGCAAAGCCGRAACAUACGCCAGCCAUUGGCUUACAAAGCUAAUGCUACUUUACUUGACAUUUUCUUUAACUAUGUUGACAACGGGAUGAUUCAGUGGCAAGGAAUUGAACGCGAAUUCACCARCAAUCUGGGAUUGUUAGCGAGCAUUGAUUUGUCAAGCAACAACUUAACRGGAAAAAUCCCAAAUGAAUUGGUCGAUCUUCAUGAACUGCUUGCACUGAAUUUGUCGAAGAACACUCUACUUGGAGAGCUUCCAAUAAAAAUUGGCGAGAUGAAAAAUCUUUUAACUCUGGAUUUAUCUAGAAACAAUUUUUCAGGAGCAAUACCAUCAAGCAUGUCUCAAAUGGCUUCAUUAAAUUACCUAGAUAUGUCGCAUAACAAUUUGUCAGGGAGAAUUCCAUCUAGCACUCAACUCCAGUCCUUUGAACCUUCAAAGUUCACMGGAAAUGCAGGACUAUGUGGACCUCCYCUUACAAAAAAUUGUCCUGGAGAUGUAGUACCACCUGUUGCAAGUAAAAAUGAGAAUGGUGAGGAAGGCAUAGAUGAACUUGAGAGAUGGUUUUAUAUUGGUGGGGGCAUUGGUUUUGGUACUGGAUUUUGGAUAGCAUGUGGCGCUUUACUUGUCAAUCGUCGUGGGAGACAUGCUUUUUUUCCUUUUGUUGAUUUCUGGAAGGAUUGGGUGUACGUAAAGGUGGUGGUGUUCUUUCGAAAACUGCGAAGGGUUGAACAUGCAUAGUGAUAUAGUGGUCUAUAUUUCGUCUUAUUGUUGUUACUUUGGUGCUAGAGAUAUGUUUAGUACUUGUAUUUGGUAUGGGUUUAAGUCCCAAUCAUGAAUAAAAUUGCCACCAACACCAUGGGUGGCCAUUUCCCUGUUGUGUGAGGAAUAGGAUAUAGGGCACCCUUCAAGGGAGAAAUAUUCAUGGGUACAUAGAUUAAAACAUCAUGAGUUGUUAAAAACCAGAUAUUUGAUGCAAAUAGGUGAUGUUAUAGUUUCAGACGUUGAAAAAAAAACACAUUUCAAGAUUCAGAAAUUGCAUGAACAUUAACUGACUAUAGAGCUCGCAAAAUAGAAGGCAAAUAAGAAGAAAAAACCGUUGCAAAAUGAAAUACCAUUUAGGGAAAAACAAUUCUAAUACAAAACCUCAACUUGAAAGGUGGUGUAGGAAAAAGGUGGUGCCUCAUCUGAUGUCAUCAUCAUUCUUCUGUUCACUGUGUCAAUGGGGUCUGAUGCAAGACCAGCACCAUUCAUAAUCAGCCACCCAAGAGUAAAGCUUGCAAAGAAGCUAGCU